AUGAGCGGCCACAACGAUGCCGAUGCUGUCCAGAGUCGCCUUAUACAGGACUUUAAGUCUCUAUCAACAAAACAGGCCCGGCGAGCCGUAUUGAAUGCAAUUCUAGAUGACCUGACUCUCGACGAGCGGCGCGAGCUUAAUGCUCGUCAGGAAAGUCUAUACUAUGACAUCGUUGGCUCCCUGCCGCUUGAACUCGUGCUUGAAAUAGCACGUUAUUUAGAUCCGCUGGAAGCUUGGGUAUUUCAAAGAGUAUCCAAGCGAUGGCAGGCUGUCUUCUCGUCAAAGGAAAUCUACAAUAUCAUGCGCUGUAAACAUGGACUCAAUCGCACAGGAGCAAAUUAUCGAUGGCCCAAUGACUUGUAUUGCUCAUUCAAAGACACGUCAACAGCAGAACAGUCUGUCUCCUAUUCCUCUGGCAAAGUUGCGUGGUUAUCAGCGGAUCAAAGAAUUGCAUGCACCAGAAACCUAAUGACUGCGGCUGUAACGGAGUUCAUGACCGAAACCCGUGGUGUCAUUCGUCUAGUUCACCUAUCUGAACAUUUUCUAUUUGUCCAGGCUUCAGGAUACUGCACCGCCUGGGAGUUAUCGACGUAUCGGUCACAUCAGAUUCGUCUCCCAUCUCCACAUAUUCUAGAGAUCAAUGCUCGUCACGACAGAGCCAUCAUUCUCAUCGGAAGACCUUCGGACGGUUUGACGAUUCUGAGUUGGCACUUCGACUCUGAUAGCGUCCGAUCAGCUCGUAUCGAGGAAUCCUACAAAUUCUUCAGGCAGAGAUUUGCUAUUACAGAUCAUGAAAUCACCUCCCUUGAUACAAAAGUUCUGGCUGUCGAGCAAAAGCUCGACCUUGACUUUACAUACUUCCUUACAUUCACACGAUUUAACCAACUAAUCUGCCGAUAUGGUACAGUCAUCUCUCAAAUCCUUCCCUUGAAAUCCUCAGAGCCCGGUUUAGUCAACAUUUUCAUUACCUACUCAACAAAGACAGAAGCAUUAGAAGUUCAUACCCCGAUACACAAGUUUGACGACGAUCAGUGCAUGCAGUAUUUCAAAGGCAAAAUGUUAACUGUAGAUGGAACGAUCUACUAUCCAAUCGUUACCUGGAGUCAUUUUAAGGUCAACCAAAUCCUUGACGAAACGAACGUUUUCUACGCGCGUAUGUACUCUGAGAUACUUCCAAUGUACAAUCCAAACAGACCACGGUUUGUUGCGUUCGGCGACCAUCAACUAUUUGGUAUUGCGCAUACUGCGGGCAUUGAGGUUUGGGCUUUUGAUCCUCGAUUACAGUUUGCACCUGAUGCUUAA